AUGCAGAAAGACCUGAAUGAACUGUUCAAAUGGUAUCGAGACUGGCAAAUGCUCUUUGACAUUAUGAAAAGCAAGAGCUUACACCCAUACCUGCAGCUGGAGGAAGUGAUCCCCGUGGCGCUCGUGACCGCCAGACGCUUCCCGACGGUGCUGAGGCAGGUGCAGCAGCUGUGGCAGAGCCCAGGAGGAAGCCAGACGCCUCUCGCCAUCCUGGUGGACGGUCACAACACCCAGGCUCACAUGCUGGCCCAGAUCCUCAACAUCACUGCUAUAUUUCAUGACAACCCUGUACCUAAAGGCACUAAACACAGAGUCAACCAGCACAUCAAGUUCUCCCUCAGAACAAUCUUCGAGUUGUAUCCAGAGGUUGACAAGGCUAUCAUCCUCGAGGACGACCUCUCCCUCGCCCCGGACUUUAUAAGCUACUUCCAACAGACAUCACUGUUGAUGAGCGUGGACAAGACGGUGCUGUGUGUAAACGCGUACAGCUACAGCGCCUUCCCCCACACGGCCUCUGACCCGAGUCGUAUCUACCGCGUCCACUCCUAUCCUUACUACGGAUGGAUGACCAGCAGGGUCCACGCCCUCACGAUGCUCGGCAACUGGGCGCCCCUUGACAUAAACGCCGACUGGGACCUGUACGUGCGCCACUACCACGUGGACGCCACCCACGAAGUGAUCAUCCCAGAGGUACCGAGGACAAGGCACGAGGGCGGCGGGGGUGUACACGUCACGGGGCUCGAACAGGAGACCACGUAUGACCAACGACCCCUCAACACCCUCCACAACGUGACCAUCAACCUGCGUCGACAGUGGCACCUCGCCUACGCCCUCGACUUGAUGGCCACUAUCAAGGGCGCGACCGUCGUCAAAAUCACCAAGCAUCCGUGUGUGGAGUAUCCCAUCCCCAAGUACCUGAAGGACAAGACCCACGUGAUAUAUAUAUACGUGACGAGUGAGGAAGACAAGGAACAUUCCUUCACGGUGUUAGGCAAGUGUUUGGGGUUCUACUACCAGAACCUCCAUGAGAGCUACCAUGGUACCGUCUCCUUUAAGUUCUUCGAGACGCCCGUCAUCCUCAUCCCCUGUCACUCCACAGUCUACUGUGACGAGGUGCCUGACAGUCUCAUCUACCGUCCCACGAAGGCGGACUUUACAUACGCCAAGAAGCACUCAUGGAAACACACCAACUCCACCGCCCAAUUGCUGUGGCGCGCCCCUCCCAGAUACCCUGAAGAAGAGUUCAACCUCAUCAACGUCAGAGGGGUCGAGAUCCACAUUAUCGAAUGAUGGGUAUUACUGUAGUGUGUGUGUGUGUGUGUGUGUGUGACCUGCCUCACCUGGAAUAUGUAGCCAGAACCUGGGAGUUCUCUACCCUGGGCUAUGUAGGACGUGGAACCUGCCUUACCUGGGACAGAUUCCAGAAAUUACGGGACAUCUCGUCUCACCUAUGGCACCUGACCCUCCUUAAGACAUGUAUACAACUGUAAAUAACAAGUAAAAUGUAAUUAAUAAGUUAAAAUGCAUUCAUACAAUAUUGUUAACCAUUUUUAGUACUCACGUCAAAUAUUGAUAUCCAAUGACUAUAGCGGCCUGUGUGAAGAUUGAUAUUGAUGUUAUUGACGAUACGAAAUAUUGAUGGAACUUGGAUUGAUGAGUUUCAAAAUAUUUCUGCAAUUGUCAUCAAGUAUUAACCGCGUGAAGCUAAUACUGACAAUAUUAUUACUCCAGUAUGGCGACAGGCGUCAUUGCGUGUACAUCUACUGCCGGGGGUUUCUGAUAAUGUUAUGCCUUUAUUUCAACAACUUGUUUCUCUCGUAUUUUAUUAUUAUUUUUUUAAUUUAAUUAUGUUUCAUUAAGCAUGCCUCAGAUUUUAUACUUAUUAUCAUCUUUCUCAUUAAUUAGUUAGCUGGUAACGCUGCCAACACUCAGACCAGCCUAACAGUACAUAAACUAAGGUUUCCGCCUUAAAACGUCGUAAAUUAUUUCUGGCAUGCAAAUUAUACAGAAUGAAAGAAGGGCGAUACUUAUAUAACAAUUAAAUACUCUUUAUUAUAGGUAAGUGUUAGUAUCUAUGAACAGUCUGAAUCAUCAAUUAUAAAAAUAAAGAAUCGCCACUUGGGUCCAUGCAAUGUUUGUUAAACACUCAUUUAACUUGCGAAAAAAAAGAGAACCAGUUGGUCUGCUUUAUAGUUAAAAAAAAUAAGCACCUUUAAUUAACAACCAUAAUAAUAUCACAUUACUUAGAGCACACAUAAGCACCUGGUUACAGAUCAACUGUCAACUCUUAGGUACAGUAACUCACUAGGCCGUAAAGACAGUCUGAGUUCUUACCCAAAUACAGGCAAUCUCUGUACUAUAAAUAGUAUAUCUUAGCGGUAAGACUUUAACAUAGGGCCCCAGUCAUUAAGACAGCCUCGAUUCACUUAUUGUACUUAACACUCAUACACAGUACAAGCAACGUCUGUACUAAUAUACUCGUACACACUACUGCCCUAAGACAGAAGCUAACCUAA